UGUGUGUAUAAAUAUGUAUAUAUUCGUGAGUAUAUUGUUCAGUGAGUAUUAAGCAGUUAUACAGCAUGUAUCGCUUUGUGAUCCUCAGUGUCGUUGUUGUGUCGGCUUUGGCUGACGAUAUGGACAUAAGAGAAUGCGGCCGUAUUUUUCACCCUCCCCCACCUGGUUGUUGCAAAGAAAAUAAUGUAGUUAAAAAUAAAGAGAUGUUAGCUGACGAAUUAAAAGAAUGCUUCGAUGCGCCUGGACCAAAAGAUCCCGUGAAAUGUGAAUUAGACCUAUGCAUAGCCAAGAAGAGAGGCUUCGCCACUGAUGAUGGCAAAUUAGACUUGAAGAAAUUCGAAGAAGUCAUCUCAAAAGAUGUGACUGACAAAGAUGUACUGGACGAAAUAAAGACCAAAUGUAUCAACGGAGACCUUAAUAACUAUGGACCUCCAGAUUUCUGCGACUUUAUCAAAAUCAAGCACUGUGUCACACUGCAUUUGAUGAACCAAUGUAGUGAAUGGAGCGAUGAUGAUAAGUGCCAGAAGGUUAAAGAAUUAGUUGGAAAAUGUGCGAAAAUUAUAUAAAAUUGCUAACUAAAGUACUUUUUUUAAAUUAAGAAAUGAAAGGGAGAAGAGACAGCCUUUACAGAUUAUUGAAAACUUUUAAUAAGGAAUUAAAUUAAUGAAAUAAAUAAAAUUGGAGCAUUACCUAAA